AUGGAUAACAGAAACAGAGCUAAAAGAAUAGUGAAUAUGGCAUUGCAAUCUUCGCCGCCGCCAUCUUCAUCGACUUCAACAAAUGAAGAUUUUUCAAGUGAUCAUUCUUCUUACCAUCCACAGCAAAAUGUAGAAAUAUCCACAGAAUUAGAAGACAGUGAAGAUAAUGAAGAAAGAAGAGAUCCAGAGGGUGCUAUAGGUAACUUGGGGGAAAUAAAUCAUCCAGAUUUCGAUGAACCUGUCAGAGGAAGAAAAAGAGUUCGGAAUUUCGACAGAUGGGCAAAGAAUAUAAGGAAGCGAAAAAGAACUGCAGGCCAAGAAUAUCGCAUCGUACGAGGUAGUAUUGUCCCAGCUAAAGUAUUUACACCAGGUGUAUGCAGCUAUAGGUUCAAAUGCAGUGAGCAGGUUUCAUCUGAAAAUCAAGAAGCAAUACACGUAAUGUUUUAUCAGCUCACCUCAUGGGAUGCUCAAACAACAUGGUUGUGCAGCGCCAUUAAGACUUUAGAACCAAAACGCCGUAAGCAAAGACAAAAUGCUCAAAAUCCUAGCCGUAUAAAUUAUGUACGCCAAUUCAUGCUGUUGGACAAAAGAGUUUGCAAAAGUUUCUUUUUAAAGGUCAUACAAAUGUCUAACAAAAGAUUAGAUUAUGCAUUACGCAAUAAAAAAUCUGUUUCUGGAAUAGCGGAAAGAGAUAAGAGGGGACAACAUGUACCUGCUAACAAGCUGUCUGAUGAAAAGUUGAACUGGAUUAAAGACCACAUUAAUAGUUUUCCGAAAUUUGCAGAUACUUGUAAAACCUGUGAUAUGCUCGAGAUAGCAAUAAAGGCGGAAGAAGAUAUAGAAACAUGCCUAGCUAUAAGGGUACAAAAAGAUCAGCAUAUUAAACUUGCAGGCGAAGUAAGAAACAUAUUAAAUGACUAUAAAGGUAAAGUCAAAACUGACGAAUCGAUAUUAGUAGCUACUUUUGAUCUGAAACGAACCCUGCCUCUUCCUUAUUUGAAUACUGGUGAGGUCUAUUAUUUAAGACAACUGCAAAUGCUGAACUUCGGUAUUCAUGCUUGUACUAAGGAAGGAGAAAAAGUUCUCAUGAAUAAGUGGCCAGAACAUUGUGGGGCCAGAGGCUCAAAAGAAAUUAUGUCGUCACUUCACUACUUCUUAGAAGAUUCCGUGCCGGACACUGUCAAAUCACUGUGUUUUUUUAGCGACUGUUGCUCCGGUCAAAACAGAAACUGGAACGUUUUACACUUUAUGAUGUUUCUGGUUAAUAAAUCGCCAUAUCUAGAAACGAUCACCAUGCAUUAUCUCGUCAGUGGCCAUACUUACCUGCCUAACGAUACCGACUUCUCUUUUAUAAGUCGUGAACUAAAAAAGAAGACUGAUAUCUAUACACCAGAAGAUUGGAUGAAGCUCGUCCGAGACUGCAGAAAACAAAUACCUUUUACUGUGCGAGAUAUGAAAAAUAAGUUUCUAGAUUAUGAAAGCCUCACAACACUAUUCAAAGAUUAUCAGAUUGUAUUAAGAGAAGGCGCAAAAAUUUCUAAGAUGCGGAAGAUAAAGUUUUGUAAAGGUUUAAGUAUAAUCAGUUACAAUGAUGACUACACUGAAACAUAUGAAACAGUUGAUUUAAAACCAAAUGAUAUGGAUUCUGAAACUUUUUUAUGUGACCUAAAGAAUUAUAUACCAGAAAAAGCCCCUGAAACCAGACUAAUAUCGUAUCAAAAAAUGCAAGAUAUUAGAAAAACUCUAAAAUUCGUACCUCUUAUCCAUCAUCAGUUUUACUUGACAAUACCACAUGUUCCUAGAAGAGGUGGCAAUCAGGAAGCACAAGAUGAUGAAAAUUUUUUUGCCUGCUGUAUUUGGUGA